UAACAAUUUAAAAGCAAUUGAGCUGUUAAGAUUGUAGCAUGAAUAGUGCAGAAACAGACAUUCAGAACCUUUCUGAGAAAGCGAGCGGAAGUGUGACCAGUGUUUAUAUUUCCAUACUUCAGUUGUUAUAUGUAAAUUACCCCAAUAAAAUGUGCAUUUAAUUAAAAUCAAUGCAAUUCAUUAGCCUGUAUAUUUAAAAAAUUUGGAACAAUGAUGGAUUCUUUUCAUAUACCUCUCAGCCAUUCAGCUGGGAUGUCGACUACUGCAUCAACGUCAUCAUCAUCUGACCCUGAAUUGGAAAAUAAAGUGAAAAAGACCUCUGAAAAAAUAUCUGAAAAUCUUCAUAUAUUUGCAAAUGAGCCAUCUUUAGCAUGCUACCGGCUGCAAGAACAUGUACACAAAUCUCUGCCACAAUUAGUAUUGAAAAGGAUUGAAGUGAAUCAACUACAUAGAGAACUUCAAGGAAAAUGCUAUGAUUUGGAAUAUGCAAUCAAUGCUGUUAAAGAGAUGCAAAAGAGUGGUGAGCAUUUCAAAAACAUUACUCAACUAUUAUAUCAAGCUAUCAUUUCCAAGCAACGCUUAAAUGCAGAAGAAUCUAAAAAAUCUGACAAGAAAAAAACUAGUAUGUAUCAAAGAUUUUCAGGAUCUUUUGACUUACCUGCCUCAUUAUUGCCAGCUGUAGCAUCUGGUCUGAGUUCCUCAACAUCCGUAAGUGCAGAUCUAAAAUCUACCCCAUCUCAGCCAAUCAGGCCAUUAUCUGCCACACCAUCUCCUAGACGCUCGCGCGCUUCGUCUGUAUCUGCUGUGCCAGCCAGAGCUUCUCUUACAAGGCAGCAAUCAGCCUCUUGCUCUCCAUCAAGGAUAAAUUAAUGACAAUUCCUCCAUUUAGGAGUGCCAUAUUUGCAGACUUUAUAUGCAUAUAACUCAGAUGGAAAAAAAAUCAUGAUCUCCUAAUAGCUAUUGUUAAGUUAACUCGUGAUGUCAUUGUUAUGUAAUUUUAUUUCAUAAUGUCACAUUACUCCAAUUUUUUGGUACUUCCAUAAGUUAAAAUUUUUUAAAAUAAGAAAUUAGAUGUUAUGAAUGUAUGUGUGAAUAUGCUACGUCCAUAACAGCCAAUUUUUUUCUUUACAUUUUAAAUAUCUAAUAAAAACUGGAGUAAGUGUAAAUGGCAUCAAGGGUUAUUUUAAUAAAAAUAUUCGAACUUCUCGAUUUUUUUUAAAACUGAGUUACAUGCAUUUAAAGUCUGCAAAUAUAACAUUCAUAAAUGGGGAAAUUGCCCUCGAAUGAGAAGUAAUUGAGGACUGAAAAUAGAAAACAAAUGGAAAAAGAGAUCAGAUGGAAAAAAAAUGAAGGAAAAACUGAAUACUUGAAGUGAAAAUCUUAGUAACAAUAAUUCAAAAAAGAAUUGAAAGAUCUUGUUAUUUCUAUGUGCCAUAUAAGGGGAUGUGGAGAACCUUGAAAGUACCAAUGAUAAGAUCCGUGGUACAUGUGUAUUCAUUGCACAACUUUCUUUUAAGUAACUGAAAAAUUAAUAAUUUUCAAAAUUAUUUUAAAAAAUAAAUACUUAUAAAGAAUAAUAACUGAAUGACUUAAAACUAAUAACAAACAUUUUAAAGUGUUGACUAGGAGCAAAAAGUGAGUGAGAUGUAGAAACAAGGCUGUAAAUACCAAAAGUCAGAAGUUUUCAGUGCUCUUCCAAACACUUUAAUUUUUUUUUCUUCACAUUUAGCUUGUAAUAUUUU